AUGACAAGACCAAAGCGUGGAGGAAAGGAUAUCCAGAAGAUUGAGAUAAUGACAAGACCAAAACGUGGAGGAAAGAAAAAUACUAAGCAGAAGAAAGGAAAGUCUACAAAAAGAAACAUUGCUCGUGUAGAAGAACAACAUGUAGAAGAGCUUUCAACUGGAAAUGAUAGAGAUGAUUUGUCAGCACAUGGAAACGAGACUCAUCAUCCUGCACAGGAGAAUGAGACUGAUCAUCUGUCAGCGACAUCUCAGAACACCGAGUUCACCAAGACAUGCAAGAUACAGAGCAGGUGCUAUGUGAGUAACACAGUGGCUACCAUCAAGACGCUUAUGCAUGAGUUGAAGUGGUUCGAGAACCACCCUCAGUUUUGUCAUAUUUUUCACAUGCCCGAUGAACCAUACUUGAAGUUGCUGGGUGUGUGGAUGCUUCUAUUGCGAACCAUUCCCUUAGUAGAGGGAGAGGACACAUCUUGGUUUGCGGUUAAUGGCGUGCCCAUCCGGUAUUCCAUCAGAGAGCAUGCACUCAUCUCAGGUUUGAACUGUAGUGGAUACCCGGAUAAGUAUGAGGAGUUGGGGAGCUAUGAGUUUGUAGAUAGGCAUUUUGUGUCACACAAAGCGAUAACCAUGAAAUCUGUUGAAGAGAAGCUGUUGAGCAUGAGAGCGUGUGGGGAUCGACUCAGGAUGGUGGUGCUCUACUUCUUGGGCACUGUUAUCAGAGGGAGGGGAAGAGAACAUGUAGCCGGUUGUCUUGCUAACUGUCCAAGGAUGUGCAAGUGGUGGUUCCAAAGUAACAGCAUGAAGGGCUAUCCACUUGAGGAUUUGUACAAUGCACUUGGAAAAACGAAGGUGAUUAAAAGUGUUUUGGCUCCUACUAUUGAUGAAGAAACUCUCAUGGCGCGUAUAAUGGAGGACGAGCCAGACUAUGAAAAUGAAGAUGGGCCAAGUAAUUUGUGGAGCUCAUGGCUUACUGUUAAGGAGAAGCCUAUCUGGUGGAAAGAUCUCUAUGAGUUAGAUGUGGCUGCAAGGAAAUUUCCUACGAAGAAAGACAAAAGGAAGGUGGAGACAAUGAACAAGAGGCUCUGUGUCAUGGAAAAGAGCCAAGUCGUUUUAAAAAGGAGGAGUAAGAGGAUGAAGGCAAUGGAGAAGAGGCUUGAGGACAUUGAAAAUUGCCAAUAUCAUUUGAAAAAGAAUGGCAGGAAGCAAAAGGCGAUGGUAGAGAGGAUUGAUGCGCUUGAGAAAGAGAUGAAGAGGAAGGAGAACGAGAACGGUGAGGGCUUUGACUACCAAAACAUGGAUUUUGACUGGGAUAGAGGACGUUUUGUAGAUGCAGAAAUGGAGGCUGAGAUCGAGAAAAAAAAGAAAGAUGGUGAAGAAGAGGCUCAGAAGGAAAAUACAAGUUCUGAGGAAGAGAAAGAACCAGAAGUUCAGGUUGAAAAAGAUAAAGAAGCUGAGGAAGAAAAAGAACAAGAAGUUGAGGCUGAAAAUAAAGAAGGUGGAGCUGCUCAGACUCAAGCUGAAGAUGAUGAAGAAAAAGGUGAAGAAGAGGUUGAAAAAGAGGGUGAAAACACUGCUGAAACUGAACCUCCUCUUGAAGUUGAAGAAGAGGUUCAAAAAGAGGUUGAAGAAGAGGGUGAAGAAAAUGUUGAAACUGAACAUCUAGGUGAAGUUGAAGAAGAGGUUCAAAACGAGAGUGAAGAAGAGCUUAAUGAAGGUAAAGAGGUUGAAGAAGAACCUGAGGAGAAAGAGGCAGAGCUAGAUGAAGGGAAAGAGGUUGAAGAAGAACCUGAGCAGACUAAGAAAGAGAAAAAAGGUGGAUUCUUACCGUGUAUAUAA